UAGAGUUAGCUCUACUUGCCAAACGUAAUCUUGUUUUUCCUUAAAAAAGAUGCCCAUCCUUGUUUUAAAUGGACAUGAACGCCCUAUCACGCAUGUAAAAUUCAACCCUGAGGGUGAUCUAUUGUUUACUUGCGGCAAAUCGGCGAAGUCGACCGUAUGCGUCUGGUUCACAGAUACAGGCGAGCUAGCCGGUACAUACGAUGGACAUUGUGGAACUGUAUGGAACUGUGAUGUAACAUACAAUUCUCAAUACCUCGCAACGGCGUCUGGAGACAACACCGCUAGGAUCUGGAGCGUGGAAACCGGCAAAUGUCUUGCAACUAUAAAGUUAACUGCACCCACUCGUGCGGUAAACUGGACGUUGGAUGCGAAACGUCUCCUAGUUGUUACAGACUCGUUUGUAGGCACAGGAAUUGAUCCUCACAUUUCUAUUUACGAUUGGUCGAGACCAUCUGACACGCCGCAAAAACUUGCGUCAUAUGCCAUUACUAAGAAGCAAAAAUUUUCAGGGGUGAAAUGGGGACGUUUGGACAAGUGGAUAUACACUUCAGACAAAUGCGGACUCACAAUCUUCGAUGCGAAGACAGGUAACGUUAUUAAAGAAGUUUGCAAUGUUCAUCGCAAAGAAAUCAAAGAAUUCAACUUUGAUAAGGAAAAAGGAUUUAUUAUCACAGCAUCCGCUGAUGGGACGGCGAAGCUAUUAAAUGCAAAUACUCUAGAAGUGGUAAAAACAUAUGAAGCUGGGCGUUCUGUCAACUGUGCUGUUAUCUCACCUACGAAGAACCAUGUCUUAUUGGGGGGCGGAGAAGGUACAGAAAACGUGACCACGUCAAACCUCGACACCAGACAAUUUAGAACAAGAUUCUUCCACAAAAUUUAUGAGCAUGAAAUUGGCUCUAUCGGCUCCUCUGCCACAGGCUCCAAAGGACACUUCGGUCCACUAACUACGUUGGACAUUUCGCAAGAUGGGUCCAUGUUUGCCUCCGGUAGCGAAGACUCGAAUGUCAGGCUGUAUUAUCUGGACCAGGACUAUCCUGAUAUCAGUCAAGAUUGAGUAAUCUAUUUUUUAGCUAUUGCAAAAAAAUUUGCCAACACCCACAUUUUUUUGAGAAAAAUGCACGAACUACAAGCUCGUCUCUCGCCUCGUCUAUUGAAAAGGCGAGGGACAUGGGCUGAAUCGCUUAUUAAAAAAAAGAGGUUUCAGACGCCAGAUUCAAAUGCUCUGGAAGAGAGGUAAGUAAGUCUAUAAAAAACGGUAUAUUAUUUUUUUCUAUAACAACA